UAUGAGGAGUGCCAGUGCACCCAAUUCUGUAAUAACUGCUGACUUUUAAAACCGAUAACUUGGUCGAAAAUGAUGUUAUAUAUUUUUUUAACUGUUGAUGGCGUUUGGUACCCCAAGACCGAGGGAAACGAUGCUCUGUGAAGUGGUAUCAUUCACACUACGUAGACUAAUUUUUGUUGCAGAUCACAAGAAAUCCAAGAGUCAGCCCAAGAAACGAACAAAAAGACGAGGUUGCGGGACAUAUUCUUCUACAAAAACUGAUAUAUCUUCUGACAAUAAUUCUGAUGCCAAGAACUUAGCUUGCCUAAUUAAAUACGAAGUUGAAGAAACCUUGGAUAUCAAGCAAGAAAACGUUGAAGAUCCAGAGCCGAAUGAAGUAAAAGGAAGAAAACGUAAUAAACAAUAUGAGUUUAAAUUUUGUGCGGUAGAUGUAAAAGAAGAUCAUAUGUUAGCUGUUAACAAGGAAUUCUGGAGCCCAAAGAAGAACAAAAUUCAGGAUUUACUACCGGAGAAGAAGUACAAAUGCGAAAAGUGUGCGCGAUGUUAUAGCAAAAAAGGCCAUUUGACUCGUCAUAAGAAAUUCGAAUGCGACGUCAAGCCACAGUUCACUUGUAAAUUCUGCGGGAAAAGCUUUAGGCACAAAAGGAACAUAAUUCGCCACGUGGAUGUCUUACAUAAUAGAAAAAACGUACAGACAACGCGAAAGAGCUAUAAUUGCGAUGAAUGUUCUCGAAGUUACAAUUGGCCAUCCGAUUUAUGUCGACAUAAACGAGUAGAACACUCAGCGAUCAAAGGAAUUUUAAAAGUGCUUCUGAGAAAUCAACAGGAAGACCAGAUGUUGGGCCAUAUUCUUGGACAACUGCUCAUAUAUCUUGUGACAAUAAUUAUUAUGCCGAGAAUUUUGCUUGCAUAAUUAAAUACGAAAAUGACGAAAGUUUGGAAAUCAAGGAAGAAAUCGGCCAAGAUCAAGUUUCGAAAGAAAUAACAGGAAAAAAACUUAAUAAAAAAUUACCUGUUAAAAAAAAACUGCGAAGCCCAAAGAAGCACAAAAUUCAGGAUUUAAAUCCGGACACGGAAUACAAA